AGCAUCCUCCGCCAAGCAGUCGAAACGUCGCCGCAGAAGUGAACUUCGUAUAUGCAAUUGGCAGUGAAAAUCGAAGUACCGAGUGAAAAGAGUUCGCAUUUCGUUGCCGUUCUUGAACCGCUGCAGUGAGCACGCUCGCGUUCGUGAUAACACAAACCCGGAGCGGCACUGAAUAUACGUGGUGUGGUGUGCAUGUGAUUAGGCGUUUUGUGUGUUCUCGUCGCCGUGCUGUGCGGUAAUUACGCGUGUAAGAAAGCCUGCCGACUGGUAUCGCUUGUCGGAGGCCAAGCUCAUCGUUUCUGUGUGGCCAAAACGCAGUAAUGUCUGCUGUGGUCUGCUGCCACCAAGACCAAGCGCCAAGCUGGUUAACUGCAGCAUCAUGUGCGGCAUGUGCCCAUGUCCGGUCCGGAGCUAGUGUAAUCCCAGCGCGUGGCUAGUUAAGGUGCGAUAGCUGCGGCCAGGAAAACACCAUACAGACCCAUACACAACAGCAAGCAAUAUGAUAAAAGCCACAUUUUACCGAAAAGCGAUUUUCAGCAGUUUAUGGCCAUUUAUCUGAGUGCAAAUGAUUAUAAAACAGCUCAAGCAGCAUCAUCGGGCAGAAGAAGGACUGCAGCAGUUACAUCGGAGUAGUGCAAGGAUUGGCAAAAGUGUGACAGAAAAAAGGACAUUUGGGGGUAAAAAGUUUUGAAGUGAGUGAUUGGGUGAUUGGGUGAAUACGGUGUUGUGCAGUUGGUGGAAACUAUUUUACUGCGUUUAAAAGUGUGCUAGAAAAAAGAAAAAUCAUACCAGAGAAGCGCGCGCAGAAAAGAAACAAAAUAAAAGAAAAUGAACCCACCAUGAAGCGCGGGAGAACGGAAGAGAUACAAUUUGGGCAACCGCGGGUUCAGCCUCCCACGGGUCAGCAGCGUAUUAUCACGACCACACAACCGCAUAAUGUGGCCAGCAGUACUGGCACGACCAUACAGUACCAGAUCCCGCCGAACGUCAUCAAGACGUCCACACCACCAGAUUCCGUCAGUUCCGUGACGAACCUGAGCAAUCAGCAGCAAGCGACACAGCUUGUGCCAGCACAACAAGCCACUAGUGUCCAGUACACGACCUCUUAUAAUACGCUUGGCAGCAACUUGGUGAAAGCCCAGCAGACAACGAAUCCACAGCAGCAGCAGCAGCAAAUACAUGUAGUAAACGCGACCGGUCAAGUUCGCGGUCCAAGCCACAAAAGCGCAGUGGUAAAUGCGACAACAGUUGCGGCGGCCACUCCAAACAGUAACAACAGUGCGGUAGUAAGCAGCGGUGGGAGCAGUGUCACCGCAGCGACAGGAGUCCAGCAGGUCAUUACCACCAGUAUGUCGCCGGGCGUGCUACCGGGAGGUGGAGGUGCGGCGCAGGGCCCGCCGCCUCCCCCGCCCCAGGGCCAGGCGCAGCUACAGCGGCUAAAGGUCGAGGAUGCGCUCAGCUAUCUCGAUCAGGUGAAAUACCGGUUCGGCAACCAGCCGCAGGUGUACAACGAUUUCCUCGACAUAAUGAAAGAGUUCAAAUCUCAAAGCAUCGACACACCGGGCGUUAUUCAGCGCGUGUCGAACUUGUUCCGCGGCCACCCGGAAUUGAUCGUCGGCUUCAACACGUUCCUGCCGCCCGGCUACAAGAUAGAGGUGCAGGCAAACGACCAGGGAUGCUAUUUGUUCCAGGUGUCCGUGUCCGUACAACCGACGGCAUCAUCGGGCGGUGCUUCUGUGGCACCGCAACCCUCACCGCACAAGUACAAUACAAUCUUCCAGGGCGGCGGUCAAAUAGUGCAAUCGACAGGCGGUAGCGGAACUGGAGGAACGAACGUAGUAACCGCUAGCUCUGGUGGGAAUGCUGCGGCCGGCGGAGGUACGACCGGAGCCGUCAAUCUCAUGGCUUACGGCGGUGGUCAUGCAGCGACAGCAACGCCAGGCGGGGCCAGUGUGCCCGUGCACGGCGGAGCAUCGCUGCAGCAGCCCACCGGUGGUUCGGCCGGAGGCAACGCCAGUCCAGCCACUGCACAGAACGCGCAGCAAUCACUUACUACCACGACGACGACAGCGGGUGCAGCUGGAGGAGGAGGUCCACAAGUGGCACAAAACUUUUCCGCACGCAGCGAUCACCACCGCGAACGUACGAUAUCGACCGGAUCGGCCGCAAGCAAUGCCAGUCUUCCUGCGGGAGUCACGUCUGCAUCGUCGUCGGCGUCGUCGACCUCGACGACAGUGGAUGCCUCAGCAGGAGCGGGCGGAGGUGGGACGGUAGUGACAGGCGGUCAGACGGCGCCACCACCACCCCCACCAGCCACCAGCAUCCAUCGGAUAUUAACGCAGCAAAUUAUAUCGCAACAGCAAGCGCCGGGUGUAGCGAUUGGGGGCAGCAGUAUGGUCCCGACGGCGGGUGGUGGCAUGGUGUCAGCACCGACGCAGGUACAGCACCACCAACAAACAACCCUGCAGCAGGUGCACCCACCACCGGAGGCACAGACGGCCACCGUCACGACGACAGUGGUGCCAACGCCGAUGGCUGCCACCGCGAAUCAGCCGGUCGAGUUCAAUCAUGCCAUUACGUACGUGAACAAAAUCAAAAACCGGUUCCAUACGCAGCCGGAAAAGUACAAACGGUUCCUGGAGAUUCUGCACACCUACCAGAAGGAGCAGAAAACGUACAAAGAGGGCGCCCAGAGCGGGUGCCUGACCAACGCGAAGCAGCUCACCGAGGCCGAGGUGUACACGCAGGUGGCGCAGCUGUUCGACAAUCAGGAAGAUUUGUUGCGCGAGUUCGGCCAAUUCUUGCCCGACGCAACCAGUCACCAUAAUCAGGCGGCCAUGCAGCAACAGCAGCAGCAGCAGCAGCAUCACCUCACCUCAUCGGGCAAAAGCAACUCGCACAAUCUCGUGGUAAACGCUUCGAUGCAUGACCAUCAGCAGCAUCCGCCGCAAUUGAGUGGCCCGGGCGCUGGUGGCACUACCGCAAUAGUUGGCCUGGGGAGCGGUGCUUCCGUUCCCGUGGUUCACGGGGCCGGCAAGAAGUUGGGGGGCAAUUCCGGCAUCGGAGGCGGCGGUCUCGCAAGCCUGAAGGUGUACAACAGUAUGCAAGCCACGGGCCUGGCACGGCUGCAGCAGGAACGAGACUAUUCGACGUUGGGAGCGGCUGACAGCGUUGGCGGAAUGCAUGGCACGGGAGUCGGUGGCAGUAUGCCUCCGGGAGGUGGCGGUAUUCCCGUGGUGGGCAGUGCUAUUCGAACGGCGGGCGGGACCAUGAUCGGCACGGGAGGAGCAGCUGUAAUGGUGGAGAAGGAUCGUAAUCAUCAUAUGGGAAGCGUGACCGGCAGUGGACCACCGGGCAGUGGUAGUGGCAGCGCAGGCAGUCUGAACACGAAGUACAUUCACGGCACGGCCAUGUCCGGCAUGAAUGCCACUGGUGCACUGGUGGGCGGGAAUGUGCUUCCUCCCGGCGGCGGUGGUGGUGUUGGUGUUGGCGGUGGUCCCAACGCCGUCUCAAACGUAAUGGCAAACCUAGUGUCGGCCAGUGUCGGUGGAGCUAGUGGUGGUGGUGGAGCAGGAGGGGGCGUGAACGCGAUCAAACGAUCACCCUCGUACGCGUCGCAGAUGGGAUUCGUUGGGCCGGGAGUGGGUGGCCCGACCGGGCACGGCAAUAACAUGAGCUCAGCGCGAGAUCGUGGCGACGGUACUGGACCACCGCCCAUGAAGCGGCACAAACCGAUCUGCCGCGAUGUAUCGCUGGCGGAAGCGUCCAAGUACGGCACGCUGAACGAUUACGCGUUCUUCGACAAGGUCCGCAAGGCGCUGCGCAGUCCGGACGUGUACGAGGACUUUUUGCGCUGUCUGACCCUUUACAACCAAGAGAUUGUCUCAAAGUCGGAACUGCAGACCCUGAUCACACCAUUUCUGAGUCGCUUUCCGGAUCUGCUGAAGUGGUUCCAGGACUUCCUCGGACCGUCCUCCGGUACCGGGGGCGGUGGAGCGAACGAAUGCAUACCGCUGACAGCUGCCGCAGCGGCCGCCGCACGCCAGGACCGUGACCGAACGCAAAGCGAACUGGCGGCGGACGUUGAUCUUUCCACGUGCAAAAGAUUCGGCGCGAGCUACUGUGCCCUGCCGAAAUCGCACGAAGGCGUAAAGUGUUCGGGGCGCACGAGUCUUUGCCGGGAUGUGCUGAACGACACGUGGGUGUCCUUCCCAACCUGGGCGGAAGACUCCACGUUCGUAACGUCGCGCAAAACGCAGUACGAAGAGUUCAUCUACCGCUGCGAAGACGAGCGCUUCGAGCUGGACGUGGUGAUCGAGUCGAACAGUGCCACCAUCCGUGUGCUGGAAGGCGUCCAGAAAAAGCUCACCCGUAUGUCGCAGGACGAGGUGAGUCGAUUCCGGCUGGACGAUUGUCUGGGCGGAACCUCGGCCACCAUUCACCAGCGAGCGCUGCGGCGGAUUUACGGCGACAAAGCGGCAGACAUUAUACAGGGUUUGAAGAAAAACCCUUCCGUUGCGGUUCCGGUCGUGUUGCGGCGCAUGAAGGCCAAGGAAGAGGAAUGGCGAGAAGCACAAAAGAGCUUCAACAAGCAGUGGCGAGAGCAGAACGAAAAGUAUUACCUUAAAUCGUUGGACCACCAAGGCAUCAACUUCAAGCAAACGGACAUCAAAGCCCUCCGAUCGAAAAGUUUGUUCAAUGAAAUUGAGACACUUUUUGAUGAGGUGAGUUACAUGAAGCGCCAUGAACAGAACGACGAUUCGGCGGCCGUCCCGCAGGCCAGCGGGCCCCAUAUGACAAUACCGUACAAAGACAAGACAAUACUGGAAGAUGCGGCCAAUCUGCUCAUACAUCACGUGAAGCGGCAGACGGGGAUUCAAAAGCAGGAGAAAGCUCGGAUAAAGCACAUACUGCGACAGUUUGUGCCGGAUCUCUUUUUCGCUCCACGGCAGCAGCUCAGUGAGGAUGAGCGAGAAGAAGACGACAAGGAUACGGAAAUGGAGCAAGACGAAGAUAUUAGCAGCAGCGCGGGCAAAUCAUCUUCUACCAGCGUUAAGAAAGCGGCUUGCGCCUCUGCGCCAAACUUUUCUGGCAGCAGCAGUAUCAGCAAUUUCAAUCCUUCCAGUGGGUCGUCAGCAACCACUUUCGAUGUGUCAGCAGCAGCUGAGUCGGAAGGAGGAUUGUCGAAAGAUAGUGAUCAUCAUAGCAAAAGCGCGGGCGAUGGCGGUGGUGUAUCAGCGACGCCAAAGGCAACUGCUUCCUCCGAAACAGUUCAACUGACGGCAGUUGGUGGUAUGAGCACCGGGUCGUCUGCUUUAUCCUCCUCCACAAAUACAACGGCACCCAGCUCGGAAGUCUGCGCCGGGAGUGGUAGUCAUGCUGUUGCUACAAAGGCAGACAGCAAUGGUAGCGGUGGUAAUGUUAGUGCGACGGGUGGUACCGAGGACGAUGGCACUGCCGGCGAUAAGUCAACGACAAUAAAAAUGGAAAUUAAGGAAGAAAGCGAGCAGGAGGGCGCAGCAAGCUCUGCUGCUGGUGGAACAUCAUCCUCAUCACCGCAGCAACCCAUGAGUCCACCACUGCCUCCGCAUGCCGUGAGCAAACAUAUCGAAGAAGCAUAUACACUAUUUUUCACCAACAACAGCUGGUACCUGUUCCUCCGACUGCACGCCAUCCUAUGCGAACGCUUGCGCACGAUUUACGAGCGUGCGCAAAUAAUAGCCGCCGAAGAGCGCGCGUACGAGAGUACACGCAACAACAGCACCGCCACCGCGCUUCGGCUAAAACCCAAGAACGAAAUCCGCAUCGAGGAGUACUACAACAUCUUCCUGGACAUGUUGAAAAAUCUGCUCGACGGCAACAUGGAAUCGAGCAGCUACGAGGACACGCUGCGGGAGAUGUUUGGCAUUCACGCCUACAUCGCAUUUACGCUGGACCGGGUGGUACAAAACGCUGUACGGCAGCUGCAGCACUGCGUCACGGAACGAGGGGCGCAAGAGUGCGUCGAGCUGUUCCAGGCCGAGCAGAGGCGGGGUGGAGCGGGGGGGCUUUGCCGCACGGCAAACCGUCGUACGGCGACCGAGCUCGCCUACCAGCGAAAAGCCGAAGCAGCACUGCAGGAUGAAAACUGUUUCAAAAUAUACAUUUAUAAGAUCGAUUGCCGGCUAACGAUCGAACUGCUGGACACCGAAUCGGACGACACUGCUACUAAUUUCGCCAACGCGCAGGCCUACGGCUCGUACGUCAACCGUCUCUCAAACCCAGCCGCCACCGGUACCGGCAGUGAUAGUGGUGGUGGUGGUGGUGGAGGUGGUGGUGGAGGUGGAGGAGGUGGGGGUAGUGUUGUAGGCGGCGGUACUACUAGUGGAAGUGGUGUCUGUGGAAGUGUUGGUGGUGCUGGUGUUGUCGCUAACAGUAGUAGUAUUAGUGGCAGUGGAGACGCUGUUGGUGCAUCAUUGAUUUCGAACAACAGCAGCAGCAACAAUAGCAGUAGUGGUGGUGUUGUGAAUCAUAAUAAUGCCCCCGCCGGAUCCGGAUCUUCCAAAAUGGGAAACAGCAGCAGUAAUAGCGCUGGUGGCGUUACCGGAAGCACAACAUCAAAUGCCGAAGUGAAAACGGAAACUCCCGAUGAGGAGCUGGUCAAACAAACUGUUUAAGAAUGUAUACACAAUUUGAACGCAAAGCUUCUUACGAUACAAACGAAACUAAUUCCACAAAUCAUGAUCUUGAAAGGGGGGACGCGAGCGAACACGUACCGUGACGUGACCACUGCAAGACUCGUGUGCAACUGCAACUACUACUACUACUACCACUACCACUACCACUACUUGCUCUUCUACCACAAUCUGUUAUCAGUUCUGAUCUUUAAUGAACUGCUCGAGAUUAGUCUUUGGUUUGGAUGAGGGUUAGAUAGAGGGUGCACAAGGAGGCGGAAGGCAAAAGGUGUCUCCUCUGUGGACAAAAAAUGGUUGGAAGAUAAUCAGUGAGCAGUGCUCGUUUGCUAAAUCGUUAAAACCAAAUUGUUCAAGUAAGAGAGAGAAGAGCGAUCAUCAGUCCCUCUCCCCCCUGUGUGAUGCUUUAUUUAUUUUCAUGUUAUCAAUUGUUCUUCAAACCAACCGCGCCGAGAUUAGUUAGUUAGUGAGUGGAGGAAAAGAACAUCACCUUCCUCUCGUAGCAGAACAUGCAAGUCAAAUCAAUUAGAGCAUGACAAAGCAAGAUGCCUCUAGGUGGACAAAUCAGUUCCUUAUUAUCUACCUUCUCGGAGCGUAUGUAUUUGUCUGGAGAGAGAAGAGAGAGAGAGAGAGAGAGAGAGAGAGAGAGAGAGAGAGAAAAAGGUACUCCACAAAGUUGAACAGAUGUAUAUUUUUGGUGAAUGGAAGAAUAAAACAAACAGAAAGGAAGCUGUAGGAACAGCCGGAAUAGGGAAACGGAAACAGGCAUAAUAACCGGCCGGCUUUUUGCUACACACACAAUGCUCCACGAUGCACACGUUUCGUAUGGAGCUUCCCUCUAUCGGUAGGAAAAGCCCUCCCCCGGAAUGGGAACUGUGAUUUCGUCUUUGAGAAUACAAUAUACAUAAUAACUUUAAACAGUUUAGUGUAAUAACUCACAUCAACACACAGUUCAUUGGUUGUGGAGCCUAGUGAUCAGCAUCAUCAUAGGGUAGUAGGACAGGACGUGCUUUCUUUGUGUGUGUGCUGUACGGAAAGCGGCUCAAACCAGAGAUGGGAUUUUCUGUUCAAUUUUUGCCAUAUGAAAACGAGAUAUGUUCCUCGGAAGGAUGAAGAAUGGUAGGGCAUGCCGAGCGAGGCGAAGGUAUAUUAUGCUGCUGCUGGAUAGCGAAGGCAACGGAGUCGUAAAACAAUUGAAUGUACAGACGCACGAGGAAGAGUAGACCUUUGUGAAUAAAUAGAAUCGUCUCGCUAUCAAUCGUAAGACAAGACAUUAAAGGAAACACAAUCUCUGUAUAUAGGAUGCUUCUUGAUGCUGAAUAAUAUUUUUAUUUAUAACACAGAUCCGGAGACUGAGCGAGAAGGAUAAGGGAGUGUUAAAGGUUUAAUCAUUUGUAAAUAGUCACCCCCGAGCGUGUUGUUUUACCUCUCUAAUAACUCUACUCGGACAUUGUGUUUGAAACAAGGCAAAACGAAGAAGAACACAGCUAUGAACAGUAUUCGGAAGGGGGCGAAACGGAAAAAAAGGGCCCAGAAUAAUGAGCAGUUUUAUACGCAAACACACACACACACACCCACACUCACAUGCUUUGAACUAAGUUUUGCGAAGAGCACUCGCAGUUCCCAAGGGAGAGUGAGAGAGAGCGAGAGAGAGAGUUCAUGUAAUAUUUCUUCCGGUAAUUUUAUCCGUGGAUUAUUGUGUAUUAUAUGUAAAAAAGCAAGCAUAUUUAAGCAUCUUAAGUGUAAGAAAGUCAGUCUUUACUAUCGUCUAGCAGCAUCAGCAGCAAGCAUCAGCAACACGUGUGUGUUGGUUGUCCUGUCUGAUUGAAUGUUUCUCAAGCAAAACAAGGCAUGAAUGAUGAACAAUAAGAAAAGAAAAUUUGCAAAUAUUAAA